UGUGCGACUUAAACUUUUAUAAUAAGUCUGGAAUUUAAUGAAAAAUUAACUCAAACUAAAAGCACAUACACAGACAACCAGACUAAAUUCAACGUACGCAACAUGGACCGGAUAUAAGAAUCUUACACUUCCGCUUGGAUGUACUACCUCAUAGUCGGCGCGGAGUUAUAGUUUGAAGUAGUUAUUUCAUUUUUGUCAUUUCAGGGUAAACUCAUUGCAUUGGCUUUUCCAUGAACCCGACGAAUGACAGCAGCAAUGACAACUCCUUCCCAUCAGUACAGUUCACAGGAGGCACCACCGUCCUGGUAGAGAUCAGUCCAGAUAUUCAUAUUUGUGGCAUUUGCAAGCAACACUUUAAUAAUUUAGAUGCCUUUGUGACCCAUAAACAGAAUGGUUGCCAGCUGACCAGUGCAGCUGCUGGUGUUGCCGGGACUGUACAGUUUGUGUCGGAGAAAACCAUACCAUCUACACAGCCUCAAGGUCCAAGUGGUACACUUACUUCAGAGGCGCAUACCAUUAGAGUUUCCAGCACAGAGUUUGGCUUUGAACAAAGUUAUGAAACAUAUCUACCUAGUGAAGGCAGUCAAGGCCAGGUGCCAGUUAUUUUCUCAAAACCUCAGAAGUCAUGUAUCAGAAAGUCAAAAGCUUCAUUGGAGCAAAAGAAACUUGGCUGUACCUACCCAGGUUGUCAGUUCAAAACAUCCUAUGGAAUGAAAGACAUGGAAAGACAUUUAAGGACCCACACAGGUGACAAGCCGCACAAGUGUGAUGUGUGUAGCAAGUGCUUUAGUCGAAAAGAUAAGCUGAAGACUCACAUGCGUUCACAUACAGGAGAGAAGCCGUACAAAUGCUCACAGUGCGACUAUGCAGCUGCUGACAGCAGCAGUCUAAAUAAGCACUGGAGAAUCCACUCAAAUGAACGCCCAUUUAAGUGCCAGAUCUGCCCAUAUGCCAGUCGUAAUUCCAGUCAGCUGAUUAUACACUUGAGAUCUCAUACUGGGGAUGCUCCUUUCCACUGCAAGUUGUGCACAGCAAAAUUUAAAAUCAACUCCGAUUUAAAGAGACACAUGCGCAUUCACUCUGGUGAUAAACCCUACAAAUGUGAAUUUUGUGAUCACUGUUGUGCCAUGAAAGGGAAUUUGAAGUCACAUAUCCGGAUCAAACACAAUUCAGAGAAUGCUUUUAGGUGUCCUGAGUGUGACUUUCACUGUGGGAACAAAGCUACUCUUCGGCAACACACCAGAAGCCAUCAACCAGAGCAGCCAAUUAAAUGUUCUGAGUGUAGUUAUUCAUGCUCUAAUCAUGCAGCUUUAAAAGUACAUGAACGAACUCAUUCUGCAGAUCGUCCUUUCAAGUGUGAUUACUGUAACUUUGAUACAAAGCAACGCAGUAAUCUGACAAUGCACCUGAAGAAGUCUCAUGGGGAUAAAGUUAAAGCCAAGAAGCACAGUACAGAGAAGAAGGACCGUGAGGGACACAAGCGGGGCAGCUCUCGCCACACUGCUAAACUAGAUGCCAAAAAGCCUUUUAAGUGUAACAGCUGUGAGGCUGCUUUUGUGAGAGAGGACUCACUGCGUAGCCAUAAGAAACAGCACAAUGAGCAUCCUGUUAUUAGUAGUUACACAGAAACUGACUUACCACUUCAGAUGGGCCCAAGGAAAUUGACAUGCGGCCCUGCUCCGACAGUUCCAUUACAGCCAAACCAGAUAACAGCAUAUACUGAGUGUACGGUAAAGAUAGUGGUUGGCCAUCAGCUAACAGAAAGCAGCAACCUACUUCAGACAGGAGCAGUGGAUCCAAGGUCAUGUAAUUUGGAUAGCUCAAAUCCAGAAACGGUUGCCCAUCACAGCCAACUUGAAAUGCUACCCCAGAUAAACCUGAGUACAUCUCCCCAACCACAAGUAUGUUCAGGUGAAACAAACACUGUGGAAGAAGCUGUACUACUUACCCAUGUUGGUCCAGCAACUGAAAGCAUCCCACACCAAACUCUGAUGCAACUGACAUCUGACCAUAUUGAUGGCUGUGGGACAAAUCAGACUUUUAUCACUAGUCCAACAGUUGCACACUCUGACUUGGAUGCUUUUCAUUCAUCAGUUAUAUAGAGCACAGUUGCAUAUAAUUUCUUUAAUAAAUGCUUUAUGUAAUCUAUGUUAUUUACAGAUUUCCUCACAUACAGAAAUGUCAUAGUAUUUUCUCAAAAAAAAAUUCCACGGAGUAAAAGUCUUAAGAGAAAUGACA